AUGUACAUCAGACAAAGGCAGCUUUGGUGUAUCAUGACAGCACGUGAGAAUGUGUGUAUCUUUUCGGUCAAGGUCAAGAUCAACGUAUUACACGUGAGAAAGGACCGAAAUGACUGGUGA